AUGCUUAGACAAAUCCGUACCCUUUCCAGCUCAAUCGUCAGACCCUCGUUCGCCAGAGUCCAGCUUCUUGGAACCGUGGGCUCCGUCAACUUCAAGGAGACCAAAGACGGCGUCAAGUUCAUUAACUACUCGCUCGCGGUCAACAGAUACUCGCCCAACGAAGAAGACAGAACCACCGAUUGGUUCAACGUGUCUGUGUUCAACGAGAACCAGGUGUCUGCGUUCGAGAAGUUCUUGAAGCCUGGCGUGCAAUUGUUCGUGGAGGCCGACGCCAGACAGAGAGUGGUGGCUGACGAGGCCUCGGAGUCCAAGUACACCUUGACCAGCUUGAAGCAAAGAAGCUUUGACGUUGUCAGAUACGCCAAGAGAGAGGAGACCGAGGAGUCCCAGUAA